CGGCCGGGCGAUGACCGCGGGCGGUAGCGUUGGACAUGGCUCAGGCGCCGAUCUUCCCCCGUUGCUUCUAGGGAAGAACAUGCCCAAAACCAGGGCGGGCGGCGUGGAGAAGGCAAGCCCCGAGAGCACCGAGAGGAAGGGCCCUGGCCGCCCCCGGGACGGCGGGGAGAAUGUGUUUAUUGGUCAAUCCAAAAUCUACAGCUACCUGAAUCCCAACAAAGCUCCUGGUGCUCGACCCCCUCUUCAAGAAGAAAACUCUGUCAUGUAUCACGAGGUGAAAUGUCAGGGCAAAACACUAAAGGAAACCUACAGGAAAGGAGCUGGAAAAAAGAGUAGUGGCAAAAUAGUUGAAGGUGCUGUGAAACCAGAAGACCAGAAGGAUAAGGAAGGUGUGUGCAAUCCUUCUGCGCCCUCCUCUGAUCAAAACCAAGAAACUGUGGAAACCCAAAAGACUCCCCUGCCUGCAGACUGUGCUGAGGAGGCCAAUGCAAAGCCAGCUCAGAAGAAGAUGGUUAAAGCAAAACGAGGACAAAGGAAAAAAACACAAGGAAGAACACCAAACCGAAAAGUGACAGAUUAUUACCCAGUUAGAAGAAGUUCCAGGAAGAGCAAAUCUGAAUUGGAGACUGAGGAAAGGAGGAAAAUAGAUGAGCUGAUUACAAGUGGGAAGGAAGAAGGAAUGAAGAUUGAUUACAUUGAUGGCAAAGGGAGAGGAGUAAUUGCUACUAAACAUUUUAAUCGAGGAGAAUUUGUAGUUGAAUAUCAUGGGGAUCUCAUUGAGAUCACUGAUGCCAAGAAACGAGAGGCUGUGUAUGCUCAAGACCCAUCCACAGGCUGCUACAUGUACUAUUUCCAGUACCUCAGCAAAACCUACUGUGUCGAUGCUACGAAAGAAACGAAUCGUCUGGGGAGGCUCAUUAAUCACAGCAAGUGUGGCAAUUGUCAGACCAAGCUGCACGACAUCGAUGGUGUGCCUCAUCUCAUCCUCAUAGCUUCCAGGGACAUUAAGGCAGGUGAAGAACUCUUGUACGACUAUGGAGACAGAAGCAAAGCUUCCAUUGAAGCUCACCCGUGGUUGAAACACUAAUUCAUCUUCCUUGUUUUGGGGUUUUUAUUUUUGGACUGAAUGUUCUACAAGGAGUCAAUGAAUUUUUUUCUUUCGUGCCCUCACUUCCCUCAGCUUUCUUAGUGGACUGCUUAUGGUCUUCCGAGCUCCUUAAAACUGCCUUUUUGCUUUGCAGUAUUUAAACACCUAUUACAGUUUUCCAGGCAGGCUUGAAUAGUUGAUCUUACAUUGCCAAAACUUUUAUAUCAUAAAAGGAAAACCCUCUGUAAAAUUUGAAUGCUUCUACAUAGUGACCAGUGCCACUUGAGCAGUGAGAGACUUGCACAGAAACUUAAUCACUGGGGUUGUGCUUCUGCUUUUACAAGGAAGUCUCACGCUCCAGUUUGGGGUGCUGAACUUGGCUUUAUGACAGAAGUACUGCUGUACUCUGACUUGGUCAUCCAGUGGCUUGACUGCCUGUCAGACUGCUGUUCACAGCCCAGUUCUGACAGGCUUCUCCAAGAUGGAUGCUACUGUCAUUCUCAAAUAAUUUGUGGUAGGAAUCCAGUUUCUCCUGUGUCAUACAUUCUGUUGGUAAUGAACUUCAAAUGCACUGGCACUGAGGGAAAAGGAUGGUCAGAUUGGCUGCUUCCUUUGGAGAAAUGACUCUCAGCCAAAUGAGGAUCAAUUUUGAUAGACUGGGUUAAUACUGAUUACAGAUGUGAAGGUAGAACUUCACAGUGAGAAUUGAUGUUUGACUUUUACUUAUUUUCUAAACUUUGAGAAGGUACCUUUUUUAUAGUUGAUGGCUGAUUCUUGGAGGUGUCUCCCAGAGGAUUUUAAAGAAGUAAAAGCUCUCUCCAAAAAUUUUUUAUAUUACCUUCCUAUGCUAAUUAGCCACAUCAGAAGCUAUUUAUUUACUGUGAAUGCUUGAAGUAGAGCAUAGUGGUUCCAAAAAUAGGAGUCAUCUUCAUAUGCAGCUUCAAACUGUAGUGAUGGAGUUCAUGCAGUGAAGAAAGUAGAUUCCUUAUUGCCUGGUCCUGUAGGUCUGUCCAGCAUGGUCUGGUCCCACUGUCUCACAUGGGAGUUGGCACCUCGUGGGUGUUCAGAAUGUCACUGUUGGAGAGCCAAAUCUGGGAUAUAGGCAGGCAAUACAAUGCAGGUCCUUUAUGUUAAAGAUGAAUUCUUACCAGUUGGAAUUUUUGCCAAGGCAGGCUUGGCAUGUGUGUAGAUGAGAAUGGCUGUGAGCCAUCAGCCACGCUUGCUGCUGGGAGAUGUCAGCAAGGGAUCUGUGGCUCUGUUAAUGUCUUCUAUUCCUCAUGUCUUGAAGGCUGCUGCUGUUCCAGCUGAAUGCCCUCUGGACAAUCUUAUGCUUGCCUAUGUGAUAGGUCUGAUAGCAACCACAUCCUGGUUGUGUGCUCCAGCAGCAAGAGAGGUGGCUUAGUGAUGUAUUUUUUAAAUUAAAAACUUGAAGACAAUGUCUCUGUAAAAUAAAGAAUAUAUUUAUUAUUGAUGAAACGGCUGCUAUACUACCUGUCUCCAUUGCAGUUCAUGAGCAUUUUGAAAGAAAGCUGUGAAAAUCAUUAGCUAUUAAAUGCUUUAUGUUAUUUACUGCUUCACACAAGGCAAACUCGUCAGAGCAAGCCUGGGUAUUUUCCCAUUUCUGAAGAAUUAACUGGAGACCUGUUAUAUUACAUGUACUGAGUUUCAGGUAAGCCUUGUUGGCCAACUUGUCUGAGUUGGCACUGAUUUUUUUUCUGGUCUCAGUAACAGAGACCUCAGCAAUGUGUACAGUGUCCUGUUAAACUAGAGCACUUCCCUUAAGUCAAAAUUGGAAUAAUUUUUUAAUUUUAUUUAAGCAUUUACUUGUUCUCUAUCAGGUUGAAUAGCUUAAAACCUCUGUACUUCAGCAUCACUUUUGUAAACAAGAAUGGGGAAAAAUCUCCCCGUUUUACAUAAAAGGAAAAUGUCUUCUCUGAAAGCUUAACUGGUAAUUGAGUAGCACUGCGUUGGAGGAUGGAAAUAAAGCUCAUGUUGCACUGCUUAUGUAUCCUUUACUUU